AUGCCAACCUCAACACCUUUCGAAAUAGUCUUCAAUGUGGAGAUGACGUGCCAAUCGUGUGCAGAAUCAAUCGGUAAGGCUAUCAGCCCACUUGUUUCCUCUUAUGAUUGCGAUGUUAAGAAUAACACCGUUACAACUACCGGAGGUGUGGCUCCUAGUGAAAUUGUUAAAGCGAUACAAUCAACUGGGCGUGAUGCAAUUAUAAGAGGAACUGGCAAGCCAAAUUCUGCAGCGGUUUGCAUAUUGGAAUCAUUUGAUCCUAAGGAUAAUGACCACCCAGUGAAGGGGCUUGCCCGGAUUGUCAGUGUAUCGACGUCCGAUUUGUUCAUCGACUUGACGAUCAAUGGGUUACCCAAAGGUGUGUACUACCCUUCGAUUCGUUCUGUGGGUAAUUUACUGAGAGGCCCACUUAGUACUGGACUGCUCUUCUAUCAAUUGAGUCCCAUCGAAGUGAUGGUCCCUUCCGACGAAACGUCAAUCAUCAACUCGGUUGGGGCUCCUAUGGUGGUUGAUGGAUUCAGUGGUCAACUGUUCCUCCACGCGAAUCUCGGGAUAACUGAUCUUAUAGGUCGACUGAUUGUGGUUUCUCGUGCCCACGAUCUUAUUACAGAAGAUGCUUUAUGUGGUGUCAUUGCGCGUCUGGCCGGAGUUUGGGAAAAUGACAAAACAGUAUGCAGUUGUUCAGGUAAGACUGUAUGGGAAGAGCGACAAGACGCUCGUGGUAGAGGUAUCAAUUGA